AUGUAUCCCACUCGCAUUCUGCGGAUGCAGGCCACCCGGCCUAUGUUCCGUCCCGCUCCUGUCUUGUCCUGGGGUACGUUCUACCUAACAUCAACUGUGCCAUUUGGCUUCGCGACCGAGGCACAGAUAUCUAUCUGCGCCUCUCGCGACCAGACUUUUUCUUGUCAUGUACUAACACUGUGUCCGUGUAGCGUUGCCGUUGUGGCUGCCAUCUACUCCAGCGGCCACAAGCUGAUGACCGACAAGACCCUGCGUCUCUCGCGCAACAGCCCCGAAAGCCGUGAGCACUAA